ACCUGUUACGUCAGAGUGUGGAUAUAAACUUUGGGCGUUUGUGCAGCGCUUUUCUGCGACUCCAUCGUCUGUUACAGAACAAAUCACGAUCCAUCCAACAUGUCUUUCAUCAGUGAGUUUCUUAAGCAGACUGUGUAUAUGGGUGUGCCUGAUGACAUUGGUUGUCAGGGGACUAUUCAACCGUUCCCCCAGUUUAACCCAGCCGGGGAUGCGACCACUCUGGACCAUGCCAUCAAGACAAAGGGUGUAGACGAGGACACAAUCAUCAGUGUUCUUGUGAAGAGGACCAAUGAACAGAGACAGCAGAUCAAAGCUGCGUAUCAGAAGGCCAUUGGCAAGCCCCUUGAUACAGCUCUGGUAAAAGCACUAAAUGGUGAACUGGAGGAUGUGGUACUGGCUUUGCUCAGGACUCCAGCUCAGUAUGAUGCCCAGCAGCUCAAACUGGCCAUGAAGGGCUUGGGCACAGAUGAGGACACCUUGAUUGAAAUUUUGGCCUCCAGAACUAAUAAGGAGAUCCGAGACAUCAAGACUGCCUACAAGGAGGAAUUCAAGAAGGACCUGGAGGCUGACAUUAAAUCUGAUACAAGUGGAUACUUUAAAGAUUGCCUUCUGGCUCUCUGCAAGGCUACCAGAAGUGAAGACAAAACCGUGCAAGAGAGUCUGGCAGACAAAGAUGCCAGGGACAUCUAUGAAGCAGGAGAGAAGAGGAAAGGCACAGACUGCUCCGUGUUCAUCAACAUCCUGACCAGCAGGAGUGCUCCUCAGCUCAGAAAAGUGUUUGACUGCUAUUCCAAGUACAGCAAAGUGGAUGUGGCCAAAGCAAUCGACCUGGAGCUGAAGGGAGACAUCGAGAGCCUUUUGCUUGCCAUUGUGAAAUGCGCCGGAAGCAAGCCUGCUUACUUUGCUGAAAAACUCAACCUGGCAAUGAAGGGUUCUGGCUACAAAGGAAAGAUCCUGACCCGCAUCAUGGUGAGCCGCUCAGAGAUUGACAUGGCACAGAUCAAGAAUGAAUACAAGAAGAAAUAUGGAAAGACUCUCUACAAGGACAUUCUGGACGACACCAAAGGUGACUACGAGAAGAUCCUGCUGGCAUUGUGUGGAAGCGACCAGUAAACUGCGCUGUUUGUUUCUGUUUUGUUUUUUACUGCUGCCAUGUACAAUGGAAGGCAUUAAUUGAUGUCACCAAGAGAAUUAAUGAUUAAAGAUUGCAGUUUCUUUGAGUGCCA